AUGUUUACCCCAUACAUAUUAGAUAUUCCAGCUGUAAUUUUUGACAAUGGAUCGGGACUCUGCAAAGCUGGCUUGUCUGGAGAGACUGCACCCCAUCAUAUCAUCAGUUCUGUUGUGGGUCAUCCCCAGUUUGACAUGUCUUUAUCAGAACCCUAUCAGAAAAGCUACAUUGUGGGCGAAAAUGCCCUGUACAAGUAUAAGGCCUUACAUCUUCACUACCCCAUUGAGCGUGGACUGGUAACAAGAUGGGAUGACAUGGAGAAACUCUGGAAAUAUCUUUUUGAGUGGGAGCUAGGAGUAAAAUCCUCUCAACAUCCUGUACUCAUGACUGAGACGUCCUUGAACCCAAAGGAGACUCGAGAGAAGACGGCAGAAGUAAUGUUUGAGAACUUCAAUGUGCCUGCCUUCUACCUGUCCAACCAUGCAGUGGUAGCACUCUAUGCCUCUGCAUCUGUCACGGGCCUUGUGGUUGACAGUGGGGAAGGAGUCACUUGCACUGUUCCCGUCUUUGAGGGUUACUCCCUGCCUCAUGCUAUCACCAAGCUCGAAGUGGCAGGGAAGGACAUCACAGAGCACCUCACCCAGCUACUCCUUACUAGAGGGAGUACCUUCCCUUACAUAUUCAACAAGGACUUAGUGGAUGACAUCAAAGAGAAGUUGUGCUAUGUGGCCUUGGAUCCAGAUAAGGAGCUAUAUAAGAGGCCAGAGGAGGUCCUGAGAAAAUACACACUGCCAGAUGGGAAUGUUAUUUACAUCGGGGACCAGCUGUACCAGGUGCCUGAGAUUCUUUUCACACCUCACCAGCUAGGCAUCCACAGUCCAGGACUAUCAAAAAUGGUUGCCAGCAGCAUUAUGAAGUGUGACACAGAUAUCCAGAGGAAUCUUUUUGCAGAAAUUGUACUAUCUGGGGGCACCACUCUCUUCCCUGGGCUUGAGGAAAGACUUCUGAAAGAACUGGAACAGCUGGCUUCCAGAGGAACUCCUAUCAAGAUCACAGCUUCUCCUGAUAGGUGUUUCUCUGCAUGGAUAGGGGCAUCCAUCAUGACUUCUCUGAGUAGUUUCAAACAGAUGUGGAUAACUUCUGAAGAGUUCAUGGAGUUUGGGACAUAUGUCAUUCAGAGAAGAUGCUUUUAA